UCAGCAAUUCCUACAAAUCAUUAUUCUACCUCCAUCUUCUACUGCAAACAGAAAAACAGAAGGAAAAAAAAUGGCUCUAAUACUUCCUUCUUCAUUUUCUUUAGUUAAUAACAAAGAAACCAAAGUCCUCCUAGCUUUUGAUGAUGUUUCUUCCAAGGUUUUAGUAUUUCCAAAAGUGCAACCAUCUCUUAGUCUCCGAGCAAAGAGUUCCAUGAUGGCAGAAGCACCCAUCACACUGGAGAAAAUUCAUGCCCCAUUGGCUGUUCAUGGCCUCAGUGAUUCAAAGAGUGUACCAUCGUUUGUGAUGCUGCCACUAGACACAGUGACAGUAGGAGGAACUUUGAAUAAGCCAAGGGUGAUGAAUGUUAGUUUGAUGGCCCUGAAGAGUGCAGGGGUUGAAGGAGUGAUGGUGGAUGUUUGGUGGGGUUUGGUGGAAAAAGAUGGGCCUUUCAAGUACAACUGGGAAGGCUAUGCUGAGCUUUUUCAGAUGGUGCAAAAGCAUGGCUUGAAGCUUCAGGUUGUUAUGUCUUUCCAUCAAUGUGGAGGAAAUGUUGGAGACUCCUGCAGCAUUCCUCUACCCCCUUGGGUGCUGGAAGAAAUCAGCGAGAACCCAGAUCUGGUUUACACAGACAGAUCCGGGAGGAGGAAUCCUGAAUACAUCUCCUUGGGGUGUGAUUCAAUGCCUGUUCUAAGAGGAAGGACACCCCUUCAGGUGUACUCUGAUUACAUGAGGAGCUUUCGCGACAGAUUCAUAUAUUAUUUGGGCAAUGUUAUCAGUGAAGUACAAGUGGGGUUGGGUCCUUGUGGGGAGCUAAGAUAUCCAUCUUAUCCAGAAAGUGAAGGAACUUGGAGGUUUCCUGGAAUUGGAGAAUUCCAGUGCUAUGACAAGUAUAUGAGAGCUUCAUUGGAAGCAUCAGCUGAGGCCAUCGGAAAGAAAGACUGGGGAAGAAGUGGACCCCAUGACUCAGGCCAGUACAAUCAAUUUCCUGAGGAUACUGGAUUUUUCAAAAAGGAAGGUACAUGGAACACUGAAUAUGGACACUUCUUCCUGAAUUGGUACUCCCAUAAACUGCUUGGACAUGGUGACAAAAUCCUUCUUUCUGCUAAAGCAAUAUUCCAGUUAACUGGGGUUAAACUAUCUGCCAAAGUAGCUGGAAUUCAUUGGCAUUACAAAGCAAGGUCACAUGCCACUGAACUAACUGCAGGCUACUACAACACAAGGUUUCAUGAUGGUUACCUACCAAUAGCCCAAAUGCUUGCAAGACAUGGUGCUGUGUUCAAUUUUACCUGCAUGGAAAUGAAGGACAGAGAACAACCUGAACAUGCUAAUUGCUCCCCGGAAGGAUUGGUUCAUCAAGUGCAGAUGGCAGCCAGAACUGCAGGGGUAGAACUUGCUGGGGAGAAUGCAUUGGAGAGAUAUGAUGCAGGUGCUUUCGCUCAAGUUUUGUCAACAAGAAACUCUGUUGAUGGAUUGGGUGCAUUUACUUAUCUGAGAAUGAAUAAGAGGUUGUUUGAGGGUGAUAACUGGCGGCACUUUGUGGACUUUGUAAGAAGCAUGUCUGAGGGUGGUCUGAUUGAAAGGCUCCCAGAAGCUGAUUCCUUUGGGACAGAUCUUUACGUUGGACACAUCAUCAAAGAAAUUGAAAAGAAGAAAAAUCAAGAGGCUAUUCUUGUCUGAACAGCCAUUUCGUGGUCAGCCGUUUAUCGCUUAGUGCGAGCAUCCGCGAUAAAAGGAUUAGCCACUGCUGUCAAUGGUGGAUAUACAGUGGUCUCAACCAGAAGAGGCUGCUCUUGUGUGAACACCAAUAGCAGCUUGUAGAUGGGUCUUUGUGUAUAGUUAAGUGUAUAAAAGCUCUCGUUAUCCGCGAGUUUGAGGGAGGGGCCAAACCAACUUUGUUGAUCUAAUGUGGACAGUCUUACCUUGGAUUUUUGCAAGACGCUGAUUCCAUGCUUCGAACCUGUAUUAAAUUUUAUAGGGAAGAAAAAAAAAAGAGUAGCAAGAGAAAAGGAGGAAGAUAGAAUUCUAUGGUGUGUAUACACAAUAAAAAUGGCAUUUCCUUGCCAAAACCUGAAAUUAUCAGGAAAAUAUUACUUAUUUGGCAUGAGUGUCAUUCUGUUUGUUUCAA